GCCAUUACCAGCAAGAUUGAUUAACGCAACAGAGUUGCUGGAGAUCCAGAGGAAUUGAAAGCCCCACCUCACAGGAACCAUUCUAAAUUUAAUAUUCCUUUUUUUAUUUUUUUAUUUUUUUUAUUUUAAUAAAUAGAUUUAGGAUGUUCAAUCCUGUUGUUAGUUCUUCUUGUUACUCCGCUCCUCCAUCUCCGGCGUCUUCCGAUCCCGGAUUCAUCUUCACUUCCGCCGCCGCCGCCGCUGUUGCUGCUGCUGCAGCGAGUAAAUCUCAUAAUCUCAUUCCCUAUCCCAUUUCCAAUAUUCGAUACUACUAUUGUAAGGAGCAUCACGUCAAUUCUUUUCGUGGAUAUCGUUAUUUUAAUUCUACUUCUUGUUUCCUCCGCCAUCCCUGUUCGGGGUCCUUCGUCUGCUCAUCCGUCCCUGGAUUUUGUUGCUCGCUUAGCAGAACUAGAGGCGGCGGCGACGGCAACGGCGAGCGGGAUAAGAAAGUGUCUUCUAUGGGUUUAACUGAUGUGGAUUUGUCGGCUGCUCGGAAGAUACCUCGACUGAAUGCUGCCGUGCUUGGGGAAUCUCAGGCUACAGAAGAUGAUAACGUCAUUUUACCUAGUGAUCAAUUCUCUUCCCGCGCUCAUGUUUCUUCCUACCUCCAGUAUUUGGAGAUGUAUCAAAGGUCCAUUGAGGAUCCUGCUGGAUUUUGGUCCGAUAUUGCGUCUUCCGAGUUCUUUUGGAAAAAGAAAUGGGAUCAGCAAGUCUACUCUGAGAAUCUUGAUGUCCGGAAAGGGGAAAUCAAGAUAGAGUGGUUCAAAGGUGGAAUCACCAACAUUUGUUACAACUGCCUCGACAGAAAUAUCGAGGCUGGACUAGGGAAAAAGAUUGCUCUUUACUGGGAAGGAAAUGAGUCUGGUUUUGAUGGCACCUUAACUUACAAUGAACUUCUACACAAAGUCUGUCAGCUAGCAAACUUCUUGAAAGAUAAUGGGGUCAGAAAAGGUGAUGCUGUUGUGAUUUAUAUGCCCAUGCUAAUGGAGCUUCCUAUUGCCAUGCUUGCUUGUGCUCGAAUUGGUGCUAUUCAUUCGGUUGUUUUUGCGGGGUUUUCUUCAGAAUCUCUCGCCCAAAGAAUCAUAGACUGCAAACCAAAAGUUGUGAUUACUUGCAAUGCUGUUAAACGAGGUUCUAAAGUUAUCCACCUUAAAGACAUUGUAGAUGCUGCUCUCACAGAAUCAGCACAAAAUGCAGUCUCUGUAGCAACAUGCCUCACCUAUGAGAAUGAGUCAGCGCUAAAGAGAGAAUCUACUAAAUGGAAGACAGGGAGGGAUAUAUGGUGGCAGGAUGUUGUCCCUAAAUAUCCAACUACAUGUACAGUGGAGUGGGUUGAUGCAGAGUAUCCACUUUUCCUGCUUUACACUAGUGGGAGUACUGGAAAGCCAAAGGGUGUUCUUCAUACAACUGGAGGAUACAUGGUGUAUACUGCAACAACAUUCAAGUAUGCAUUUGAUUACAAACCAUCUGAUGUGUACUGGUGUACAGCUGAUUGUGGUUGGAUCACUGGGCACAGCUAUGUCACAUACGGGCCUUUGCUCAAUGGAGCUAGUGUUGUCGUCUUUGAAGGGGCUCCAAAUUAUCCUGAUCCUGGACGCUGUUGGGACAUAGUUGAUAAGUAUAAGGUGUCAAUAUUCUAUACUGCUCCAACAUUGGUACGGUCCCUCAUGCGUGAAGGGAAUGAGUAUGUUACUCGCUACUCAAGAAAAUCCUUACGAGUUCUUGGAAGUGUGGGCGAGCCCAUCAAUCCUAGUGCAUGGAGGUGGUUCUUCAACGUGGUUGGAGAGUCGAGGUGUCCUAUAUCAGAUACUUGGUGGCAGACUGAAACUGGUGGCUUCAUGAUUACUCCAUUACCAGGUGCAUGGGCUCAGAAGCCAGGUUCUGCGACUUUUCCUUUUUUUGGAGUUCAGCCAGUAUUGGUGGAUGAAAAAGGGAAUGAGAUUGAAGGUGAAUGCAGUGGAUAUCUAUGCUUGAAAAGCUCUUGGCCUUCCGCAUUUAGAACUCUUUAUAAUGAUCACGAAAGAUAUGAAAUGACUUACUUCAAGCCAUUCCCUGGCUAUUACUUUACUGGUGAUGGCUGCACCAGGGAUAAGGAUGGGUACUACUGGCUUACUGGAAGAGUUGAUGAUGUUAUCAAUGUCAGUGGGCAUCGUAUCGGCACAGCAGAAGUGGAAUCUGCCCUAGUUUCACAUCCCCAAUGUGCAGAAGCUGCUGUCGUUGGUAUUGAGCAUGAGGUCAAAGGACAAGGCAUUUAUGCAUUUGUGACUAUAGUGGAUGGUGUUCCUUAUAGCGAAGAGCUCCGGAAAAGCCUUAUUCUCAUGGUUAGAAAUCAGGUAAGUUUUUUAUUUUGAACACCUGUUCUUAUGAUAAUGACAUCUUGCUGUAAUUGCCUAUACUCUGUCCUCUGAAGAACUCUUUAGGUCCUUAAAAAUCCAAUUAUUCCUUUCCAUAGCCAAGUCAUUCCAUUCUCAUUCCAUUCCGGAGACUGUCUUUGCUGUCCUUGAUCAAAAGAUCGUAUUUCUAAAUUUUCACAAGGUCCCCCGAGAAUCACUUCCAAAGCUUGUUGAAUAAUUUUUAUGGGUUUUGUCAUCUCACCAAGUCUAACUAAUUUUUAUGGAUUUCGUCAUCUACUGACAAAAUAUCGAGCUAAUGAAUCUCCUUCUCAAAAUUCUGCCCCUAUCACAAGGUGGACUCUAAAGAACUUACCCGAACAAAGCGUGUCCAACAAUGGAAAA